UUAUUCUACGUCACUUUGCGUAAACUACAAAUCCCACAAUUCCAUUGCUGGGCGAAAAGUUUCUCAUUAAAUUUGGUAUAACCUGUCCUAUACUGUAAAUUGCUGCUACAUACACUUUGCGAACAUGUAAAAAUAUAUUAUAUUAGCUUGCAAUCCAAAUGCAUGCCCAUGUAGCCUACGAGCGACCAUGGCAUAUCCCACGCACAGACCGGAUAUUUUUCGUUGGAAAACGACAAAGACUAAAACGCCAGGCAGUAAUAAUAAGGUGCAGCUGAAUGAGAAUGACAUAAAGCAGUGGGUGAAGAGGGUGGAGAAGGCUUCAGAGUUUGCUGUAGCUGAGGUGUUUUCCAUCAAGAAACCAUGUGGUGGUAAAAACAGUAUGGCGCUGCAGACUGUAGAGCAGCUACAGGAUCAUAAUGAUGCGUACAGUGAAGCUCAGUCCAUUCUAAGUGAAUGGAUGAACCAGAAGUUACGUCUGGAGCUUGAAAUGGGCGAUGACGAGGAGGAAGAGGAGAUGGAAGAAUCCAAACAACUUGUUAAAACCACACAAUCCAGCUAUAAUAACUUUGAUGACAUGUACUUUCACCUAGCACAGGAAGAGGAGAACUCUGUAGUGCACAAUUUCCUCCAGGACCUGAUGGAAACCGAGGUUUUGGACAUGGGGAUAGUGGAGGACCUUAAAGUAGACUCUAAUCAGAAUAAGAAGAGAUGGAGGGACCCUAGUAUUACCAUGGAGGUGCGUCACAAGCAGGUAAAGGAGAACCGCAUGCGCAGAGACACUGAACGUGACAAACUGCAAAAAGAAAAGGAAGCGCUAAGGGAGGCGCGAGAGGAGGCAUGGCAACUGGAAAAGGAGAAGCAGCGAAAGAAGCGGCAGGAGGCACGCAGACAAGAAGAACUGAUCCAGCAGGAGAUGAUUCGCCUACGCAGAGAGAUGGAGGAGAAGAGGAGUGUGGAGCAGCUUGCACGAAAUAUGGAGAGGGAAAGGCUUCAGAAACAAAGGGCCACUGAAAACUCUCUCAUUCCAAAACAUCAUAAUUCCACACAGAAGAAACAGAACAAAGACCUUCAACUUAAGCUGAAGAAGCUGGAAGCCAAAGUUCACCUUCUCAAUUUGCAGUGCAUGCACAGGCAUUUUACGGCAUGGUACUCAGUGAUAUUGGAAAGAAGGGUGCGCAUGGGGAAGGCAGCGGCGCUGUGUGAUUGGAGGAGGCAGCUGAAAGCGUGGCGGGCAUGGGGGGCUCUCGUCUGGGCCAGAAGAGAGGAGAAAGAGGCUGAAAGGACUGAAGAGGAGCUAAGACUGGAGCACAGGCGCUGUCAGCAGGCAGUGGAGAGUUACCGCAGGAGGCUUUUGAGGCGUUGCCUCAGUGAUUGGCGUGUGUGGUGUCAAGUAGAACGGCAUCGCAAGGAGCUUCUCCAACAACAAGAAGAAACUCGGCGGAAAAUGGCUGCUUUGAUCAAUGCGGCAGCUUCUAGGAAACUAGGGGCAGAAAAAUCUCCACCAGUUACUAAUACACCUGAAACACUCAGUCCUACAGAAAACGUCAGCCAUCAGGAUCAGGAUGUGGCAGCAGCUCCAGAAAUCAGUUUACCAACUGCACAAGCCACUAUCAAGACUGGCCGUUCAGAGGCCCCGCCCACUCAGGCCUGGCAGGUGAUGCGUCGUCAUGCCGCUCUCUCAUCGGCCGAGCUACAACAGGCCCGUCAGGGGCAACAGCAGCAGACCUCCCGAAGCGGAAAUGCGGAGCUUCGCGGUGGACAGAUCAAACACCGCCAUGCGGCCCUGCAGCAAACCGUAGCUGAGCAGAGGCGUCUUCUGAAAGAGCAACAGGAGCAGAUUCGGCAUCUGCAAGAGAGACAGAACAUUCUGGAACUGAGACAUGAGGCAGAGAAAACAGCACUGUUAGCAACAGCUCCUCCUGGAGCUACAAAUACAUGCUGUCCACCUAAACCCAGCACAGAGACAGCAAAAGGAAUUACAGAAAAACCCUCAAGAACAAAGAGUGCCUCGGGGGAAAACGCCAGCAGCCACACCAACCAAACAGCAGCCCUUCCCCAUCCUGCAGUACAAGCCAUGGAGGAACGAGCACGGCAGCGUGCCGAGCGCAGGAGAGAGAUAGAGGAGCGGAGGAGACAAAAGCAGGAGGAGAAACUGGCUCAAAUGAAGGCAGCUGAGGAGGAAAAACUCAGAGCUGAGGAAGAGGAGAAACUAAAGGAGAUAGAGAGGAAGAAGGAAGAGAAGAGGCAGCAAAGAAAGAGGGAACUUGAGAAACAGAAGAGAGCAGAACGGGAACAGGAACUGUCAAAGCGGGCGGCCCAGCACUACCUCAGAACCCUGUUACUGCGCCGAGGCCUGGCACCAUGGAAAAGCCUGCUGGAGCAAAGCCAUGUCAACACACAGAGCGCGGUGGAUCAUUACACAGUGGCUCUGCAGAGACGCUGCUUCUGCUCCUGGCUUCAGUCUGUGGAUGAGGCCCAUGCAGAGAGAGAGGCUAGCGCCAACCAGCUGUAUCACCGGAUCUUACUUCAGAGGGCUGUGUGUAGCUGGAAAAGGCUAAAAGAUCUGCGCUUUAUACUGGAAGCACGAGCCGAGCGGUUUCACAGGACACGGACCCAGAGGAGGGUGUUCAUGGCCCUGCUGGAUCACGCUACAGAGGAGCGAAUCACAGCCUGGGACAAUGAGCAACGGGCAGAGCAGCACAACAGCAGGAGAGCUGUCAAGAAGUGUUUUGCUGGCUGGAGGCGACUUCCUGUUGUCUUGCGAGAAGAGAAGGAAAGAGAGGCAUGCAGAGAGCAGCUCAGACGUAAAGUGGCGGAGAUUUUGCCCGACUUCCGCUCCUCCCCUAUGGACUCCCUGUGGCGCUCCGUAAAUCCUCUUUAACGGCACACACACACAGGCUUUACAUGACAUCAAAUGACAUUGAAAACAUCUGCAGCUUGAUGAGCCUCCGUGUUUAAUCAUUUUACGCUAGUUUAUUUUUCCAUGCUACAGUUUAAUUGAACAACUUGUAGAAUGAAAUGCAUUACAUUUAUAAAGCAGUCUCACAUGAGACAAAUAAACUUCCCGAUUCUGAA